AUGCUACUUCGUUGUCGCCCUGGUAACACGCAGCCGCAGUACGCAUGCGGAAGUCAGGUGGCAGACGGUAGCGUGCUGCGUUACCAUGGCAGCGGGGAGCCGAAGCUCACGUGCGCUGCUAACAUGUACAGGAGCAAUGCUGCUGUCAAGCGCAAUGCUAAUCAAGAAAAUCAACAUCUUGUCCCGCAGAUGGGCCCACUUAACCAAAAGCAGAGGACCGUUUUAGGGGUGCUAAACGAGAACGACCAGCAGAGGCGUUCGCUUUCUCAGGUUUCUGCGAAAGUUUGUGGUACUGUUGCAGUGGGGACUGAUAAUGGGCUCAUUUCGGCAAAGAGCUGCAGCACUCUCUCUGAAUGUCCGGCUACUUUUGUGUCCAACCCGAACUUCAAUAUUUAUAUGGAGGAUGAAGUCCAAGACGAAGUCGAAGUCUCUGAAUGUAAUCUAACCUCUGAACUCCAAUCUAAACUUGGAGAAGUUGGUAACGUCUCCAAACCAGCGGACGACUAUUGUCUGUUCUUAGAUCUGAGUGAAGUUUCGCCAAUGUUAGUAGAUUCAUCCAUGCGCUCGCAGCGUUCCCAUGAAGAUUCGCAUGUACACGUAGAUUACCUCGCUGUGGAAGGAUAUGCAGAAGACAUUUAUCGGUACCUCCGAGAAGCAGAAGAGAAAUGCAGACCGAAAUUUGGGUACAUGAAGAAGCAGCCGGACAUAACCCACAGUAUGCGCUCCAUUCUCGUGGACUGGCUGGUUGAAGUUGGUGAGGAGUACAACUUGCAAACUGAAACGUUGUACUUGGCUAUUAACUACCUGGACAGAUUCCUGUCAUGUAUGUCAGUCCUAAGAGGAAAGCUGCAACUGGUGGGCACAGCAGCUAUGCUGGUAGCAUCGAAAUAUGAAGAAAUCUAUCCCCCUGAAAUAGAUGAGUUUGUCUACAUAACAGAUGAUACCUACACCAAAAAACAGCUCCUGCGCAUGGAACAUCUCCUACUCAAGGUGUUGAGCUUUGACAUGACCGUUCCAACGGUUAACCAGUUCCUAACGCAGUUUUUGAAGGAGGAAGGGAUUGAUGGACAAAUGGGAAACCUAGCAAUGUACAUAGCUGAACUGAGUCUAUUAGAAGCUGAUGUAUGUUUGAGGUAUGCACCCUCUCUAAUGGCAGCAGCUGCAUAUUGUUUGGCAAACUACACAAUCAACAAUACAUUUUGGCCUCCAUCUCUUGCUACAUUUACUGGAUACUCAUUGGUUGAUAUUGUACCUUGCCUGCAUGAUAUGCAUAAGACCUUUCUCCAAGCUAAAUUCCAGCCACAACAAGCCAUUAAAGAAAAAUACAGGAGCUCCAAGUAUCUGAGAAUUUCUCUCAUUGAGCCUCCAGCAACCUUGCCUCUGCACGCACUGAUUUCAAGUGCCAUUCAAGGAUGA